AAUCAGUAUUCUCGGAGUCGUUUAAACGAAAAGAUCGAAUUUUCAAGACUGAACAUUAUUUUUUGCAAAAAAGGAGGUGUUGACGCAUAAGAAAACAAGUAGAUUUGUAUGACAAGUGUGAAUUGUGUCACUAUCAAAUCAAAACAAUAGCUGAGUAAUGAAAUCAAUUAAAGCAACUUGCAAGUUCAGUCAAGGAUUUGUUAGAUUAAUAAAGAAUUGCAUCAUUCGAGAAUAAAACUAUUAACAAUAGUUAAUGUCAUCCCGUGUCCACGUUUAAAAAAGAAAUAUUCGCUCAGAAGAGCAAGUGAGAGAGGAUCUUGUGCAGUGUAAAAAACAAUUAUUACUAAUCUUUAGUCAUCAGUGAGCUGUGAAACAAUUAAACUUAAUAAAAAGUGAAAAUUAAAAAACUUUUCAAAAAUGUCAAAAAUAAAUUAUUGGAAUAUAAUGACAAGGAAGAAGCCAAUGCCGGUCCAUGAUAAUGAAGAAUCAAAGUUUAAUCGUUUAUUUAGUACUUUCGAUUUAACGGCAUUAGGUGUAAGUGCCACGCUAGGAGUCGGCGUUUAUGUUCUCGCUGGACACGUUGCAAAACUCGAAGCUGGCCCAAGCGUUAUCUUAUCAUUCUUAAUUGCUGCCGCUGCAUCGUUUCUUGCCGGUCUGUGUUACGCCGAAUUUGCAUCACGUGUCCCGAAAAGUGGCUCAGCUUAUGUCUUUACUUAUGUCGCUAUCGGAGAAUUUAUUGCAUUUAUUAUCGGAUGGAAUUUAUUACUUGAAUAUAUAAUUGGAUCUGCGUCCAUAGCAAAAGGACUGAGUCUAUAUAUCGACAGUUUAAUUAAUGAUACAAUGAAAAACAGCUUCAGACAUAUCGCUCCAAUUACGUACACUGGAAAUUUUUUAUCAACAUAUUUUGACUUUUUUGCAUUUACUGGUCCACUUUUACUUGGAUUUGCCUUAGCAUUUGGAUUAAGAAAGUCAGCUGGAAUGAAUAAUAUCCUUUGUGUCCUGAAUCUUUUUGUUGUGCUUUUUGUUGUCAUUGUUGUGCUGAUUUAUGCCAAUUUAGAAUAUUGGAGGAUUGAUCCAGCUGAUGUUCCAGCAGAAUAUAGAAAUGCAGUCGGUAAAGGUGGAUUCUUUCCAUUUGGAUUUUCUGGAACACUAAAAGGAGCUGCAACAUGCUUCUUUGGAUUUGUUGGAUUUGAUUGCAUUGCUACAACAGGAGAGGAAGUCGAAAAUCCAAGAAAAACUGUUCCAAGGGCAAUUUUAUAUUCACUGAUUAUUAUCUUUCUGGCAUACUUUGGAGUCUCGUUGUUGACACUUAUGUGGCCGUAUUACUUGUUGGACGCUGAAGCUCCACUGCCACAUGCUUUUGGUGAGAAAGGUCUCCUCAUUCCAAAAUGGAUAGUAACUAUUGGAGGAAUCGUUGGUCUCAUAGCCAGUUUGUUUGGUGCUAUGUUUCCACUUCCAAGAAUCUUAUACGCUAUGUCUGUAGAUGGACUUCUGUUUAAAGAAUUUGGAGUGAUUUCAAAGAGAUUUAAGACACCUGUGAUGGGAACAUUAAGUGCUGCUUUCCUGACCAGUUGCUUUGCUGGAUUGUUUGAACUUGCGGCACUAGUUAAUAUGCUGAGUAUCGGAGUGUUACUUGCCUAUACUGUUGUUGCUAUAUCGAUUAUUAUUUUGAGAUUUUCACAAUCAGAUCAAAUUCCAACUCAUAAUGGCGAUUGUAUCGAGACAUCGAAUUUAUUGAGACCUGGCUACAAUGUCACCGUCAAAGGAUUCUUCAUGCAACUCAUUCGCAUGAAUUCAUCAACCCAUCCGAAUACAAUUUCUACAACAGUUGUUGGGAUACUAAUUUUGAGUUAUUGCUUUGCAUCACUUAUGGUCUCGUUACUUCUUACAUAUGGAUGGCAAGCAGUAAUAAAUGGAGAAAUGUGGGCACUUGUUUUGUUGAUUAUUUUAUCUGCAUUGUUGGUCCUUUUUGCUUUGCUGAUAUCAAUUCAACCUAAACAAAAUUUUGUCACUACUACCAAACCUUUUAUGGUCCCCUUUGUCCCAUUUUUGCCAGCAAUUAGUGUGUUCAUCAAUAUUUAUUUAAUGUUAAUGCUUGACUAUUUCACAUGGAUACGUUUCGGUAUUUGGAUGCUAAUAGGAUUCCUUGUGUACUUCCCAUAUGCUUGGUUCCAUCAUACUCGCAUGAAUAAUAUUAAUGAUACUAAUAAGACUGUUAAGCAUGAAGGAACAGAUAAUAGGAAUGAGAACGAGAAAAAUUCAGAAGAAUUCAAAUCACCUGAAAUCAGCAAUGAUAUCACUUCCCACAAUAUCGAACAAGUAGCUCCAAAAAUUAUUCACGUAACUCUAAGAUCAGAAGCACCAUCAACCAGCAAAGAACACACAAAUCAUCAUAAACAUCAUGAUAAUUACGAAUGUCAACUAGCUAUUCAGAUAUUAGACACAGUACUUGAAGACGAAGAAGAAAGUGAAUACAGUAAACGAUUAUCAAAAUUUUUGGAUGCAAGUAUAGAAGAUAUAAAUGAAAAUCAGAUCCAACAAAUAGAAGAACCGAAAAUCUUGCCAAAAUUAAAGAUUAUCGACACUCAUGAUCUGCAGUUGCAACUUGACGAAAUUCUCGAACAAGCUUGUGAAAUUGCAUCUGAAAAAGUUAAUGAAAUUCAAAGUCCAGCCGAUGACGAUGACAAUGUUUUCCAAAAUGAGAAAUUUUUAACCCACUUAAGUGAUCUGAUUAUGUCUAAUAAAUCUGCUCAAGAGACGCAGACAUUACAUAAAAAAAAGAAAGAUUUGCACGAGGAAAUUAAGACUGAAAAUGAAGGAAUGAAGCAUUCAAGUAGUGCUCCAGAUCUUCAAGAAGUAUUGAGGCAAAUUGAAAUGAGAAAUGAGCCAAAACUUGUAGUCGUGACGCCAUAUGAGGAUAAAUUCAUAAAGGAAGGAACUAAAGAUCCAAAUAAACUUAAAGUACCAAAAGUCAAACUUCAUUCACAAACACUGACACCGCCACAGAUCAACAAAGAAUUAUUUGCAAAAUUUGAUGAAAUUCAACAAAGAAAAGCAGAAGCAGGAAUUCCAGUUCAACAAGAAACCGACUCAGAAUCCAGCGAAGAUGAUUCAGUCGAUAAAGUAGAAUUUAAGGAAAAACUUGAAAAACUUUUAAGCCUCCCACCAACAAGAAUGUCAUUUAUUCGACCAGUUCCAUUACCAAGAACAAGUUUACAGAAAAAUGAAGAAGUCCAAAAGAUAAUUGAAGCAAUUGAUCCAACACCAUUGAAGAGAAGAGUUGAGCCACCAGCUACACCAAUGACUGCGACUAUGCAAAAGCAAAAGCAAAUGUUUGAUGAAGUUCUUAAAAAUAUUAAAAAGGAUGAAAGCUGAGUUUCCAAUUAUUGAAAUGGAAUUUUCUAAAAUCUUGUAUCUUGCACAAAUAAGUCAAUUUUUAUCAGGUUUGCGAGAAUUGCAUGAAUAAUGUGUGAUAAGUUUUAAUGCUUGCAUGUUUUUUACUGUUGAAUUUAUCAACUUCACUAAGAUAAAUGCAUGUUCCUUAAAAUAAAUGGGCAUCUUCAAAAUAUCAAUUUAAAUCUAUUUUCUAUUUCUUUACUUUCAGGAGUUUUCAUUUAUUUUAAGUAUGGAAUUAAAAUAUAAUACAUUUUCAAUUUAGAUAGAAUCCUUAUCAAAUUCGUACUUUACUUCUUUUGAGUAUAUUUAAAAAAAUAUUUAAUUUGAAGAUUAAAAUAACUGAGAAUUUAUAGUAAAACAUUUAUAUUUAUUGAAUUCUUAAAGAUAUACUAGCUAGGAAUUUAUAUAAGUGAAAAAAUAAGUGAUAUAAAAACAAUAGAUUUAAGAAUUAUAAUCUACGAUCAUUCGAACUUAAUCUUAUUAAGGAUAAUGUUCUUUUAUCAACUUAAGUUUGAAAAUUAUAUUGAUAAAAUUUUAAAAAUCAAAAAUUCAAAUAAAAUCAAAAAAAAUUGAAGAGUUUGAAAUUAGAAAAAAUAAAAAUCCUAUAAAUAAAACUAGUUUUAACACUUACUAUAUAGUUGAAUUAUAAUAAUUAUAUUAAUUUUGACAAGUUAUUUGUUCAUAUGAUUAGAAUUAAGUUUAAAUAUCAAAAUAUUCCAAAAACAAAAGCGGUCGAAUGCAAGAUCAUGUCUCUGUCAAAUAUCUCAAAAUUAUUCCUUGUAAAUCACACAGCCAAAAGUCAUUGACUAUCACCAGGAAACUAAAACAAAUUUCACAAAAUGACAGAAACCCAGCAUCAAUAGACCUUUUCAUUCAAUAAUCCAAAUUAGAAAAACUGUUCUUGAAAUAUCGCUUAAUAAAAAUUGAGCUUGAACUUAA